GGGACGCGACGACGAAUCAGGAAUAUUUGGAUCUUCUCAAUAAGGAGACGCAAGAUGAAACUCUCCGUGCGCGUGCGUGGCGAAUGGUUCCAGUUGCCCUGCAAAUCAGGAGGGAAAGAGACGGUGUCAUGGCUCGGGGAAGAGGCCCUUCGCCGGUACCUGAAACUGAAGCCGCCCACUCACGUCCCGAACAAGGACGAGAAGGUAGCCAGCGUAAGAAGGACGCAAGGGGGCGCCAUCUUGGAUCCGUCCGAUCUCGUGUGUGAUGUGUUGGACGACAACGACUUCGUCUCCGUCGUUCUGGAGACCGACCGGCCAAAUCCGGUGACGGAAAAAGCGGAGAUCACCUACAUAUCAGAGCAGAUACCAGGGAAGUACAAGCCUCCGGAAGAGUACCUCACACUGGACGGCGCGUCACUCACUCCCGAAGACCUCACCGCCCUUGGAAAAGGCGCUUACAAGAUAAAGUCUCUUUUGCAGCUUAGCCCGGAGGCCGAGGGAGCUGUGAAGGCAGCAAGAGAGCUUGUUGAAGAGAUCGUCCGAGAGAAGAAAGUUGUGUACGGAGUUACAACCGGGUUUGGAAAGUUUGCUCGAAAGACGAUUCCGCAGAGCCAGCUGUAUGAGCUUCAGUGGAAUCUGAUUCGAUCCCACGCUGCUGGCGUCGGCGAUCCCCUAUCCCCGAGCAAAACGAGGAUGCUGUUAGCCCUGCGGAUCAACAUCUUGGCCAAGGGGAACUCGGGCGUGUCUCUAACCGUCCUGAAAAAGAUGAUCGACGCUUUUAACGCUUCCUGUUUGCCCUGGGUGCCAGAAAAAGGUACGGUGGGGGCAUCUGGAGACUUGGCACCCCUAUCUCACCUGGCUUUGGGCAUUCUUGGAGAGGGCAAGAUGUGGAGCCCUGAAACUGGCUGGGGUGAUGCCAAAUAUGUCCUGGAAGCUCAUGGUCUAACACCAGCUGUGUUGGGGCCAAAGGAAGGCAUCGCCCUCAUCAAUGGGACGCAACUGAUUACGUCCAUCACAGCUGAGGCUUUGGAAAGAGCGGAAGCCAUUGCUCGCCAGGCAGAUGUCGUAGCUGCUCUUACUCUGGAGGUUCUCAAAGGGACUUCCAAAGCCUUUGACAGUGACGUCCAUAAACUAAGACCCCAUAAAGGUCAAAACGAAGUGGCCAGGAGGCUCCGUGCGUUACUACACAGCGACACCUACCCUUCGGAAAUUGCAGAAUCUCACCGCUUCUGCAAUCGAGUCCAGGACGCAUAUACUCUGCGCUGUUGUCCUCAAGUGCACGGCGUCGUCCACGAUACUCUGUACUUCGUGCGAGGGAUUAUCACUGACGAGAUGAACUCGGCCACCGAUAAUCCGAUAGUACUAACGGACCGUGGGGAGAUCAUUAGCUCAGGGAACUUCCACGGGGAAUAUCCAGCCAAGGCUGCCGAUUACCUGGCCAUAGCAAUUCACGAAAUCGCUUCCAUGUCUGAAAGGAGGACAGAGCGUCUCGUCAACCCAGCUUUGAGUGAGCUCCCGGCAUUUCUAGUGAAAGAGGGCGGCUUCAACUCAGGCUUGAUGCUGGCUCACUGCACGGCUGCUGCCUUGGUGUCCGAAAAUAAGGUGUUAUGUCACCCCGCAAGUGUGGAUUCCCUGACCACUUCGGCAGGAACGGAGGAUCACGUUUCCAUGGGAGGAUUCGCUGCUAGGAAGGCCCUCACGGUUGUGGAAAACGUGGAGAGAGUCGUAGGCAUAGAAUUACUGGCAGCUUGCCAAGCCAUCGAGUUCCUGCGGCCGAUGAAAACUACCACGCCUUUGGAGGCGGUUAUCGAGGUCGUCCGCUCUGUAAUCAGCGCCAUGGACAAGGACCGCUUCCUAGCCCCUGAUAUGGACGCCGCCACCGAACUCCUGAAGGAGGAGAAGAUAUGGAACGCCGUCCGCCAUCAUAUCGAACACUAUCAUGAGGUUCAGAAAGUCGAGACCCGAGUCUUCUCCCCAUCCAUGAGCUUUACAGGAACAGGACCCCCCAGGGCUCAGAAGAGAGCGGCCAUAAGCAACGGGCGUGCAAGCUCUCCAGCCAUACACAAGAGGGCGACCAACGGGCGUGCUAGCUCUCCGGCAGUUAACAAGAGGACGAAAAGUUCAGCAGCAAGGGUCUGAGGCAGCUUAAAAACCACUAGAAAAAAUGACAAAGUAAUGAGCUGAUGACUACUUGCUGAGGCGUACUGUGAGAAUUAUGACUGAGCACGUGAAACAUUAGCACAGCGUUUGGUGAUGGAAACGGGAAUAUAACUCUUCUAAGGUUCAAGUUCUGCAAGGAAUUAAAUAUUUUACAUAAAAUCUAAGGAUCUGACUUAAGAAAAAAGAAGAGAUAAUGAUACGAAAAUAUAUUAUAAAAGGAGAUAUAUUGAUAAGGAUUAAUUUCUGCAAGGAAUUAAAUAUUUCACUUAAAUUGUAAGGAUCUGACUUAAACAAAGAAGAGAUAAUGAUACAGCAAUACUUAAAAAAAAGGAGAGAAAUUUAUAAGAAAAUGAAAAAAUCGGGAGGGAUAAUGAUAAGAAAACAUCAUCUGCAUGGACUAAUGUUGUAAAUUUAUUUUGUGUAUAUUGGCACGACAGAUAUGAAAGUGUGAAUUAGGAUUGAGGAGCAUCAGGAUAAACUGCCCAGACUACAGACCUCACUAGAAAGAUUCAGGGACUGGAGAAUUUCAACUGCGCGGAAUAAUACUGCUUUAACAGUGCCCUCAAUAUUCGUAAAGUUUUUAGGGUAAAAACGAUUGUUAUUCAGGAAUUAUAGGCAGAAAACCUGGUCAUUCUGCUUUUUAUAUCAGAUUUAUUCUAUUUUUGGUAACUUUGGACUAUGGUUUACAUUCAGCUGUAAUUAAGACCCCAAAACAAUUUUGUAAAAAAAGAGUAGUUAAUGUUGAGACUUCAAAUACAAAUUAAACACUUA